GGAAUUUCUGACCUGGUCGGCAAGUGCGCCUGCGCACCCCGGGCAGGUUCGCGUUCUGGGGCUCUAGCCUCCGCACCUCGCGCCGCCGCGUCGCGGGUUCGAGGCCAGCGUCUGUGCGUCGCGGGUUCGCAUCCCGGGCGCGAUGCUGUUCGACAAGGUGAAGGCGUUCGCGGUGCAGCUGGAUGGCGCGAGCGCGGGCGCCGAGCCGGUUUUCAGCGGCGGGCAGGCCGUUGCCGGCCGGGUGCUGCUGGAGCUGGCGGGCCCGGCGCGCGUGGGCGCCCUGAAGCUGCGCGCGCGGGGCCGCGCCCAUGUGCACUGGACCGAGUCGCGCAGCGCGGGCUCGAGCACCGCGUACACGCAGAGCUACAGCGAACGUGUGGAGGUCGUGAGCCACCGUGCGACGCUACUCGCUCCAGACACGGGAGAAACCACGACGCUGCCUCCCGGGCGCCACGAGUUCCCAUUCAGCUUCCAGCUGCCUCCAACACUGGUGACAUCAUUCGAGGGUAAGCAUGGCAGUGUCCGAUACUGCAUCAAGGCCACCCUGCACCGGCCCUGGGUCCCUGCCCGCCGGGCAAGGAAGGUAUUUACUGUCAUUGAGCCGGUGGACAUCAACACGCCUGCCCUGCUGGCCCCUCAGGCUGGAGCUCUGGAGAAGGUCGCCCGAUCCUGGUACAGCAGCCGUGGUCUCGUCUCCCUCUCCGCCAAAAUCGACCGAAAGGGUUACACACCAGGUGAGGUCAUCCCAGUCUUUGCGGAGAUCGACAAUGGCUCCACGCGCCCAGUGCUUCCUCGGGCAGCCGUGGUCCAGACGCAGACCUUCAUGGCUCGAGGUGCCCGCAAGCAGAAACGAGCAGUGGUGGCCAGUCUCGCGGGCGAGCCUGUGGGCCCCGGGCGGCGGGCGCUGUGGCAGGGCCGGGCGCUGCGGAUCCCCCCUGUGGGUCCUUCCAUCCUGCACUGCCGGGUGCUGCACGUGGACUACUCCCUCAAGGUCUGCGUGGACAUCCCCGGCACGUCCAAGUUGCUGCUGGAGCUGCCGCUGGUCAUUGGCACCAUUCCCCUGCACCCUUUCGGGAGCCGCUCAUCCAGCGUGGGCAGCCAUGCCAGCUUCCUGCUGGACUGGGGGCUGGGAGCCCUGCCAGAGCGGCCUGAGGCCCCUCCCGAGUACUCAGAAGUGGUGGCAGACGGGGAGGUGGCAGCCGCGGGGCAGAGCCCCUUUCCACCACUGCAGGACACCGACGUGAGCCUCGAAGGCCCCUUCUUGGCCUAUAUCCAGGAAUUCCGCUACCGCCCGCCACCCCUGUACUCCGAGGAGGAUCCAAACCCACCCUCAGAGGCCAUGAGGCCACGCUGCAUGACCUGCUGAGCAGCGAGGCAAUACCUCGAGGGAUGAGGUCGCACGUGUGCUUCCGGCUGCCGUGGACAUGGGGAAGGGCUGGGUGAAGAACCACCCGACCUGACUGCGUUGAAGUUGGGGACUCCGAGUCUC